GCGCUCUAACCACAGCACCGACGGCUUUGCAAAGUGGCAGCUCAGAGAACUAUAGAUCUCAGUCUGAAGCGAAGCUCCACCGGAGGACACGCACUGUGCAUCAUCUCCCCCAGCCGUCCGUGUGCGGGUCGUUGGAAUAACAAACAUUCCCUGAAGAAGCUCAGGAGCGGAUAACCAGCAGCAGAGCAGUGAUGGAUGAAAGAAUACCGCAUUUACAGGACAGACAGUUCAUGGAGCACGCAGAAUUUUUGGGGGUGGAUUACCCCUCUCUCUACAUGUGCAAAUCCAAAAGAGGAAUAAAACGAGAGGAUGGUGGGAAGGAUGCAUACAAGUUACCACACCGGUUGAUAGAGAAGAAGAGGAGAGACAGAAUCAACGAAUGUAUUGGCCAGCUUAAGGAUUUGUUACCCGAACAUCUGAAGCUGUCGACGCUCGGGCAUUUGGAGAAAGCAGUUGUCCUGGAGUUAACGUUGAAACAUUUAAACGCACUGACUGCUGUCACUGAGCAGCAGCACCAGAAGAUUAUAGCUCUGCAGAAUGGGGACCGGUCGAUUAAAUCUUCCAUUCACGCAGAUCUGGAUGCGUUCCUCUCCGGGUUCCAGGCCUGUGCCAAAGAGGUCCUGCAGUACCUGAGUCAGUUUGAAAACUGGACGACGCGAGAGCAGAGGUGCGCGCAGCUCAUCAGCCACCUUCACAAGGUGUUGGCGCAGUUCCAGUCCGGCGCGCCGCCGCUCCAGCACCAGCUACCCUCCGGGGACGCACAGGAUGGCCAGAAAGCCGAGAGCCAAGCCAACUGUGUCCCGGUCAUCCAGAGGACCCAAGGCGGGGAGCUGAACGAGAAUGACACAGACACGGACAGUGGAUACGGGGGAGAGGCUGAAAAGAGCGAUGGCAAAGAUAAAGAAUGUGAGCGCAAUAAGGCGCAGGGAUACAAGGCAGUGAAGAUCAAGCAAGAGUUUGGAGAUGAUCGCGCUGCCAAAAAACCAAAGAUAAACUGGCCUGGGAACGGGUCAGGUGGCACAGACCCCACUAGACCCGAUCUGGCGUUUAUGAACUCUCUGAUGGGAAUAAGCAGUGUGGGACAGCAGACACCUAUUUGCAUGCCUUUCUACUUCAUCAACCCCUCGGCCGCGGCGUCUUAUAUGCCUUUUUUCGACAAAAGCAACAUUGAAAAGUACAUGUACCCAGCGGCCGCUCUGGCAUCCCCGUUCCCCUGGCUGUACCCUGCGCACGCGUCAGCAGCGGCGGCCGCGGCGGCUGCUGCAGCUCUGCCCGGCUUGUCUGUGCACUUUGGAGCCUCUGCUCAGUCCAAGGACUGCCACAGUCCAGACAGCGACGAGUCACACGAGGCUGAGUUAGGUUCACCUAAGGAGCGCGAGGAAAGUCCCGCAAGUGACGACGAUGAGGAUGACGUAGCUGAUGCGUCCCAAGAAAGCAAGAAUGGCCCACAUGAUCAGUUUUCUGCUUGUCAAACGAGCUAAUUUGUCUUUUACUUUUCCGUGCAUUCUGCUGUGGAGUUUAUGUAUGUCCUUUUUAUUUUUUAUUUUUUAUUCGAGUAGUUUUUAAACAAGGUUUCGCAGAGGAGUUUCUCGUGUUCAAUAUCUUGGCGAAACAGGAGACAGUUGUGUCGGCGUGUGCCUUUUGCACUUAUGCUAGAUUAAUCAAUGUAAAUGAUUAUCGACAAUGAUUGACAAUAAUACCCGGCUGUGUUUCGCCGGAGUAAGUUUUUUAAUCCUCUUUGAUAAAAUAUUUUGAAGUGGCAGCAUUGGUGCCAACACUUUGAGUAUAUAGCCUAUUACAACAGUGCGCCAUAUCCCAAUCAGCGAGUCUCUUUGGAUGUAUGAAGUUGAAACUGACCUCUGCCAAGGCUAUUUAGAGCUUGGCUAACUCUCACUGUAAAUAUUAUUACCUGUCAUUCUGAUUCAUUAACAUGUAAAUGGGCCUAUUAAAGACGUCCACAGUACCUCAUCCCCAACUUUGCAUGGGGUAGGCUGAUUGGGAGGCACACAACUGUCCCUUCUGAGAAGAAAGGAAUGGUACCCUCUACUUUACAAAUGAUGAAAUUAUGGGAUAGGUCAAAUGCCUGGUUGCCCUCAACUCAUUUUACAGAUCUGAGUUUACAUCCUUUACUUCUGUGGUCUUCUGAGGAAAAAAAGGA